AGUAAUAAAGCGGAUAGACGGUGCACUUGGUAAACACGUCAUUUUUCACCCCGCUGUUUCGUCCAAUGUUUCCCCUCGAAAGUAGAUUUAAUCCCCCGCCGACGAAUUUACCCGACGAGACGUCGGUCUGCCGCUGCACUCGCGAGCGGAACUGGUGUACAGGGUGGAACUGGCACGAACUACGUCUUUACGUCCAUGGCUCGCCGGUUGGUUGAAUUCGUGUUCGUGAAACAUCCGUGGUCUGUGUGUGAAGGAAGCUCUCUCUCUCUCUCUCUCUCUCUCUCUUUCCCUCUCUUUCUGUGUCGAUGGUUGUAAAAGUUCCGCGCGGCUCGUCGGGAUCAAACCCUCGAAUUCGCAAUUAAAAUCGCCCGGCGAAAUUCCACCGGUCGACAGACACAGUCGGGACCACGUACUUAACCGUGUUCUUCGUUAGUGAUUAGAAGGGACAGGAGAGGCGGGGAAGGGUGAAAGGGACCGGAAUCGGGGCUCGCGGGAGAACACCAGAACAGGGAACAGAGAGAGAGAGAAAAAAAAGGUGAUUUUAACGAGCGGACUGAGACGCCGGUUCGGCUCUUGGCGAUCGAUCCGUGUUAUUUGCGGCGUAUAAUAGCGACGGCAGUGUGCUCGCGCGUCAAUUUGUCUUGCUUCGGUGCGAGAGGAGUUGCCGAUCGACAACGAGGAUUCAUCGAGGAUCGAUCGAUUGCGGCCCGGCGUGGACCGCGCGCCUGUAGAUCGCUUGUUCACGCGGACGAUACCCGCUCGCAGCUCGCUGUUGCUGCUCUCCCCGUCACCGGCCAUGCGUCCCCCGUCACCCGGAUGCAGUUGUUCCGGCAUCGGUAAAGGAUCGUCGAGUGGAUCGCCGAAUUGACAGAGAAGGCUUGCUCUGUUAAGCAUCGGAGGCCGCGGCAACACUCCCGUACACUCGCGUACGCGUUACCGCCGGUCGGAGGGUGUUAAUUAGCAGACAUGUAUGCCCACGUGCACGGUGAUAACGGCAUGUGCUGUUACCUGCCAACGGUGCUCUACCUCGAAAGAUAUCAGGCUCACAGAGCUUUAGAGCUCCUCGAGGAUUACCACGCGAAGCUGACGAGGCCUCAGGACAAACAACUGCGAUUGGCAAUCGAGCGUGUGAUACGCAUCUUCAAAAGCAGGCUGUUCCAGGCGUUAUUGGGUGAGUGUUUAUCGCAACAGGAUUUUCAUUAA